AUGAGCUAUGGAUGGAAGUCCUGGAUAGAAGGCAACAGCGGCGCGCAGUGCGGUGCCGCAAACGAGUAUGGUGCCCAAGCGUUCAAGACCAAUCAGGGGUCCCUGCAGGACAAGAAGGGUGUUAGCUUCAAGGCGCAGCUUGAUGGCGGCAAGACUCCAGACUUCAGCAUCACCCUCUCUUCGUCCGACAAGGGCUCCUGCCGAUCCAUCAGUCUGACCAGCCUCAAGGCCUCCAAGUGGGAGGGCACCUCCGCCACAUUCGAGAUUCCCCUGGGCGCAUUUGCCUGGAGCCAGAACUGGGACAGCAACGCAUCCUUUGGAGGCUGCAGUAGCAGCAUCUCGGCCUGGGACGUCAAUCAGGUUGAGUUCAAGAGCAACCAAUCCUCCGAGCAAAAGCUGUGCAUCAGCGAUGUGCGUUUUUAUUGA